UGUUUCGGGAGAUAAAACCUCUCUGUUCCUACUUCCCCGACCUCCAUAAGUGGGUGUGGUUUGCUCUUCUGUCGCUCCUGGUGCACCUCCCUGCGACGAGGGGUGCCUCCUUUCAGGCUAGGGUCAGUGAAUGUCUGAAGGAAAUUGCAGGUUCUAUAACACGCGCUUCGACGGCGUGACGUGGGACGAGGACGGUUGGCGUCUGUCAACCACCGUCUUGGACCAAGGCCAUUACCAGGCCCGCGGCUCGGUCGCCAACGGCUAUCUUGGAAUCAAUGUGGCGAGUGUCGGCCCCUUCUUCGAGCUCGACACGCCCGUCGACGGCGAUGUGAUCAGUGGGUGGCCGCUGUUCUCGCGGCGGCAGUCCUUUGCGACCAUCAGCGGGUUCUUUGACUCGCAGCCCACCACGAACAGCAGUAAUUUCCCGUGGCUCGACCAGUAUGGUGGAGAGAGUGUCAUCAGCGGAGUGCCUCACUGGAGUGGGCUGGUUCUUGAUCUCGGUGGUGGUACCUACCUGGACGCCACGGUCGACAACACCACCCUGUCCGGGUUCAGUUCGACGUAUGACUUCAAGGCAGGGGUUCUGUCGUGGGCGUACACAUGGACACCAGACGGGGGGGACAGAGGCGAGUACAACAUCACCUACCGUCUCUUCACGCACAAGUUGUACGUCAACCAGGCCUUUGUCGAUCUGGAGAUUGUGGCUUCCCAGGCGGGAAAUGCCACCGUGGCCAACGUCAUUGACGGUUUCGCCGCUGUGCGGACAGACUUUGUGCAGUCUGGGCAAGACAACGGCGCCAUAUUCACUGCAGUGAGGCCCUGGGGCAUCUCGAAUGUGACGGCUUACAUCUACGCCAACCUCACGGGCUCAGCCGGGGUGAAUCUCUCAUCCCGCGCUAUCACCACAGACCAGCCCUACGUGUACAGCAAUGCCUCUUCAAUUGCGCAGUCGGUCAACGUCACCUUCACGCCGGGCCAGACGGUUCGAGUGACCAAGUUUGUCGGCGCGGCGUCUUCGGAUGCCUUCCCGAACCCCCAGCAGACGGCAAAGCAAGCCCUCUCUGCGGCGCAGACCAACGGAUACCUGGCGUCCCUCAAAACGCAUGUUGCAGAAUGGGCGAGCGUCAUGCCCGAGGACUCGGUGGACCACUUCGCUUUGCCUGGGACCGGCAGACUGCCCGAUGAUGACUAUAUUAUCGAAGCGGCCAUCCUUGCCGUCGUCAGCCCGUACUAUUUGCUCCAAAAUACGGUUGGGCAGAAUGCCAUCACGGCAUCAACAAGCUCGAGUCUCAACACGAACAGCAUCUCCGUCGGCGGGCUAACCUCCGACUCGUACGCGGGCCAGGUGUUUUGGGAUGCCGAUCUCUGGAUGCAGCCUGGUCUGGUGGUCUCGCACCCCCAGGCCGCGCAAAGCACCUCCAACUACCGUCUGGCCAAGUAUGCCCAGGCGAUGGCGAACAUUGACACGGCCUUCACAGGCUCGAAAAACCAGACCAACUUUUCGUCCUCGGCAGCCGUGUUUCCGUGGACCAGCGCACGAUUCGGCAACUGUACGGCGACCGGCCCUUGCUGGGACUAUGAGUACCAUUUGAAUGGCGAUAUCGGCUUGUCGCUGAUCAACCAGUGGGUGGCCAGUGGUGACACCCAACACUUCAAAGAAGACUUGUUUCCUAUCUAUGACUCGGUCGCUACCCUGUAUUCGAAUCUACUUCAGCGCAAUGGAUCUUCUUGGACCCUGACCAACAUGACCGAUCCUGAUGAAUAUGCCAACAAUGUCAAUGCCGGUGCCUUCACCAUGGCGCUGAUCGCGCAGACGCUGACCUAUGCCAGCCAGUUCCGCGAGCAAUUCGGGCUCGAAGAGAACGAAACAUGGACCGAAAUGGCGGAAAACGUGCUCCUGAUCCGGGAGAAUGAGGUGACGCUGGAGUUCACCACGAUGAACAAUAGUGUGGAGGUCAAGCAGGCGGACGUGGUUUUAGAUAGCUUCCCCUUGGAUUAUACGGCCAACUACACCUCGACCGAUGCGUUAAACGACCUAGAUUAUUAUGCAAAUAAACAAUCUCCCGACGGCCCAGCGAUGACAUUUGCGAUUUUCUCGAUCGUGGCGAGUGAGGUCUCGCCCUCUGGAUGCUCGGGCUACACGUACGGGCAGUACUCAUUCAGCCCGUAUGCUCGCGCGCCGUGGUUCCAGCUAUCGGAAGAGCUGGUUGACGACUAUACCCUCAACGGAGGGACACAUCCUGCGUUCCCAUUCUUGACGGGCCACGGGGGCGCCAACCAGGUCGCCUUGUUUGGGUAUUUGGGGCUUCGCCUGCUCCCGGACAACGUCAUCCACAUUGACCCGAACCUGCCUCCACAGAUUUCGUAUGUGAGGUACCGGACCUUCUACUGGCGUGGGUAUCCAUUCUCGGCGACGUCGAAUUACACGCACACGACGCUGCGCCGGGCCGCGGGGGGUAACGAUAGCAUCUCGAUGCUGCCGACGGCAGACCCGCAGUUCGCCAAUGUGUCUAUCGCCGUACACGUUGGGACGACCGACAAUGCGACGGUGUACCAGCUCCCCAUGCACGGGUCGAUCACAGUACCGAAUCGACAGAUCGGAUCGGUCAACACGAUUGCGGGAAAUCUGGUGCAAUGUCAACCCGUGGACUCGAGCAGCGCGUACGAACCCGGCCAAUUUCCCAUCUCAGCCGUGGACGGCGCCUCGUCGACGAAAUGGCAGCCGACGUCGGCGAACAAGGUCUCAUCCCUCACGGUGCAGCUCCGCGGAUCAGAUGUCGGACAGCUUGUGACGGGCUUCUCGUUCGACUGGGCACAAGCGCCGCCCAUCGACGCGGCGGUGGUCUUCCACAACACCUCAUCGUUGCCCCUGACCACGUUCCCCUUUAAUGCAUCGAACAGCAGUGGACCGGGGUACUCGGUUGUCAGCGUGCUGAGCAACAUCUCCGUGUCGGAUCCGUACAAGACUGGCGUUAGUCUUGACCAGGGCGUGAUCGCGAUGCCAAGCGCCAACACGACGAAUGUCACCCUGGCCUCUGCCGUGCUUGCGCAACGGUACGCCACGCUCUUCAUUACUGGCAACCAGGGGGGGGAAGAUACAGGGGCUACAGUGGCGGAAUGGGCGAUCCUAACCAGUAGUAGUAGUACUUCUAGUACUUCUAGUACUUCUAGUACUUCUAGUACUUCUGCUUCUCCUAUUUCACGCUUGCCCCUGCACAUGGCGAGACCGAUGAAGCGUCGAAUCCCUUAGAGUGACUAAUUGCUGUUUCGAGCAUUAGCUCGGCACAUGCAUAGUCGUCACGGUAGUGCAAUUUCAAUUAAUUGCGAGGGGAAUUAAGAAAUGCCACCAUACAGA